GUCUCGGUGAAGAAGUUGCUGAACGGAACAGACGACGAAGGUCGUCGUACCUGAAGGCACCUACGACUUCACACGCGCAGUACAAUCGUCAGCAAUGAUCGUCAUCAGGAGGGGUUGCUAUUUGACCUGUAGCCGCCUCGUGGAGCGUUCUAUAACUCUGUCUGGAGAAAUGCUGUCGUUUAGUCAGGAACAGGGGCGUCACCAGAUUCGCAUUCUGGGCAUGGACGGAGGCCAUCAGGGCUGCCGAAAAUAUACGGGAGGAGGGUUUUACAAGCGACACUCGUUAUACAAGAGUCAACGCGCUCUGGCUGCAUUCCGCUGUCAGACAGACUCGAACACGGCUACUGUACGCCAUUUGUCGAUGCGGAUUGCUGCUUGUUAAAAUGACAAUCAACGGACAUCUCUCUCAUCAUCACCGACACCUAGUCAUCUUUUUAUCACAGAAUCCAUCCAGAGGAAGAUCCAGCCGUCCCAAUUUCGAGGUUCCAGAGU